UAAAAAACAGAAAACCAUCAAACGAAAAAAAAAAAGAAGACUGCCUGCCUUCUGCGUCUGUUUCUUCAUCGUCGUCUUCUUCUCCUUCUCCGCUGAAUUUCCCGGAUUCGACAUUGUGUUUGAUUCUCCGGCGUUAUUUCAGACAGGUGUUAUGGGGAUUCUCAAUGAAGACGCCGUGUUGAUCCAACCCGGGAAACUUCCCGGCGAUCCCUGCGUCGUCACGGUUAAUUGUCCCGACCAAGCUGGUCUCGGAUGCGAUCUCUGUCGAAUCAUUCUCGAGUUCGGUCUCUCCAUUACCCGAGCAGAUUUUUCGACAGAUGGAAGGUGGUGUUACAUAGUGUUUUGGGUUACUCCACAACUCAGUUCUCAUAAAAUCGAUUGGGACAGCUUGAAGAACCGGCUCUUGUCGAAUUGCCCAUCUUACCUGGGCGCCUUCUACUUCUGUCAGCAAUCCAAUGUGCCUUCUCGUCCUUCAGUUUAUCUUCUCAAGUUCUAUUGCCGUGACCGAAAAGGAUUGCUUCAUGAUGUCACCAAAGUUUUGACGGAGCUCGAAUUCACUAUCCAAAGAGUCAAGGUCAUGACGACGCCCGAUGGAAGAGUGUUGGACCUGUUCUUCAUCACCGACGAUGCUAUAAAUCUACUUCAUACGAAACAGAGGCAAGUCGAUACGUGUAACCAUCUGACUGCCGUGCUCGGGGAGCAUGGUGUGAGCUGCGAGCUCGAGCUUGCCGGGCCGGAGUACGAGAGCGUACAGGGUUUCUCUUCCCUCCCGCCUGCGGUUGCCCACGAAUUGUUCGGCUCAUCAGAACCUGCAGACACGGAGAUUGCCAGCUCGGACACGAACAAAGCUGUUAUAACGGUGGAUAAUCAGUUGAGCCCGGUUCACACCUUGCUUCAGAUUCAGUGUGUUGAUCAAAAAGGGCUUUUCUACGACAUCUUAAGGACCUCGAAAGACUGUAAUAUCCAGAUUUCGUAUGGUAGAUUUGCGUCGAAGAUCAAAGGCGACCGAAACAUGGACUUGUUCAUACAGACGAAGGACGGGAAGAAGAUAUUGGACGGGAAACAUCAAGCAAACCUCUGUGCUCGUUUGAAGCAGGAAAUGGUCCAUCCUUUGAAAGUGACGAUCCUGAACCGAGGGCCAGACACUGAGCUACUGAUAGCCAAUCCCGUCGAGCUAUCAGGGAAAGGAAGACCUCGGGUUUUCUACGACGUCACGUUAGCCUUGAAAACCCUCGGAAUCUGCGUCUUCUCCGGCGAGAUCGCGAGACAUACGACCUCGGAACGGCAAUGGGAAGUUUACAGGUUCCUUCUGGACGAUAGCCGAGAGUUCCCUCUGGCGAGCCAGCGGGCAAAAAAUCAGGUUGUGGAUAGAGUGACAAAGACACUCAUGGGUUGGUGAGGUUUGAGGUCCAUGAGCUAAGUGAGAAGUGAACCAUCUAUCCGUCAUGGCUGAGUAAGGUUGGCCGAGCCGGGUGGGCCAAUGGGAUCGUUCUUCGAGCCACGGGGUAGAGGAGACGGGUCGCCAUCCGCUUUCCUUGUAGCUAUAAAGCCAUUGUAAAAGGGGAAAAAAAUCAUAACCUUUUUGUUAAGGGUUUGUGCCAUUGCCAAACAAGUCUCUUGGUAUCUCUC